CGUGUUUAUUACUUAUGUGUAUUUCCACUGUGGGACGAUCAAUAGCAACAUCAAUGUGGGAGGCCACGUGUCCUAUUUCUUGUUUUUUCAAAUUGGCUAUUCGAGUCCCUAGAGAAAUGUAGCCCGAAUAUGCGCACUUAUUGUAAAAGAUUCAACUAUUAAUGGAUGACAUAAAUCACUGAUAGUUUUAUAACACACAUGAACUUGCUCCACUCCGAUGAUUAGAAAAACGAGAAGCAAAACAUAAACAAAUACUCCGUAUAAAGGUAAACUCAACAAAGAUUUUAUUAGAGAGCAAAAUGCAAGCCUCAGUUUGGAGUCCUCGGCUAGUCAAUCUGUUCACUCGUUCAUGCAAAACAACAAACAGUUUGCGGGCAUUCUCAUCAUCAGCUAUUUCUAACCAGUCUCGGGGUGGACUUCCCCGCUUCUACUCCGAUGAGCUCCCUCCUUCCAAGGAUGGCGUUGUUCGUGUUAAAGGUGAUGAAUUCUGGCACAUGACUAGGGUCUUAAGGUUGACAGUUCAUGAUAGGGUAGAACUAUUUGAUGGAAAAGGAGGCUUAGUUGAAGGUUGUAUACAGAUCAUCGAUCAGACAGGAGUGGAUAUUGUAGCUCUCGAGAAUCCAAAGUCAGUAUCUCCUCAUAACACACAGUGGCAUGUCUAUGCUGCAUUUGGUACUCUGAAGGGAGGCCGGGCUGAUUGGCUCGUGGAGAAAUGUACAGAGCUAGGAGCCUGUAGUGUUACCCCCUUAUUGACGGAACGUUCUCCUUCAAUAUCAGAAAACCGUGUGGACAGAUUACAACGUGUUAGUUUUGCUGCAGCUAAACAAUGCCAAAGGCUGCAUGAAAUGGUUCUAAAUCCUCCUAUAAAAGUUGGUGGACUUUUAACUCUUGUAAAAAAUUCAAAGCUUUCGUUUAUUGCCAUAGCAGAAGCUAAACCAGUUUUUAGUGCUUUAAGUUCCACAAAAAGGGAAUCAGCUGGACUGAUGAUAAUUGGACCAGAAGGAGACUUCACAGAGAGAGAACUAAAUGUGAUUCUGGAGGCUGGGGCAACUGCUGUUGGUCUUGGACCACAUCGUCUACGAGUUGAAACUGCUACAGUGGCUCUUUUGUCAGCAUUGAUGUUGUGGUGUGAUGACCAGGAGAUACUCAAGGUCUAGCAAGCUGGCAGGUUGUUGUUCAUAUGCUGAGGGAUCCGAGAAAGCUAUUAGCACUAUUAAGGGAAUUCAGAAGCGAAAGGGAAUUUAGAAGCGAAGGAUCUAAAAGAAAGGAUAAUGAUUAAUCAUUUGCUUUGUUAUGUCUGGCAUCACCCUCACUCCAAUUGGGGAACCCAGUGUAUCAUCCUUGACACACUAUUUCUGAACUUGCCCAGCUGGCUUUUCUUUGUAAGGCCAAGUGAAGUCAGGUGAUAUUGAAUUCCACAAAUUAUUUUUGUCAACUUUUGGCCGGUUUUGAAAAUUCAAAUUGCUACGUUUGUGGUGAAUGAUGACAUUCAAGUCCUUUUUAAAGGUUAUUUUUGUGCUUAUUUUUCUGCAGUUCCCUGUCUAAACUUUUCUUCAAUACUAGACAAUAUAAAGAGCCUUGAAAUUCAGUUAUCAUCCUUCUCUUUUUGCUUUAUUCAUAUUUUUGUAUCUCACGUUAAUGCAAUAAUUUUAGAGGAAGCUUCAGUUAGUUUUUUUUUUACCAUUAUGUGAUGGUAAUAUAUUUAAGGUUUAACACAACGAUAGCUCCUUAAUCUUACCAAUAAAUUUCAUUCACACACUUGAACUGCAACUUGUGUCUAUUGAGCAUGAUAAAUUGUUCUUAUUUGACACUUUCGGUUUAAAUUAUGAAAGCGCGUUCUCAAGCAUCUAUGAGUAGCUUAAUUAACAUCAUAAAUUAUGUCAUUUUUCUUAAUCAUAUAAUAAGUUUAACGGGUUGUCUAUAAUUUUGGUUCUUGUGUACGUUAGGUUCUAUCUAAAUUUUCUGUCUGCUCUAGUAUUGACUAUUCUGCAGUCCUGCUGUAAGAAUGACUAUAACUAAGGGAGGUUUAUUCUCAAUUUUUAAUUCAAUGAAGGAAAAAUAAUAGUGGUGAAGUGUAGAUAGAGUCAUUAGUCAAUUACUCUAGGAAAAUCCCUAUUUUAAUAUUAUUAAAUCUGGAGUGCAUUUGGUUGCUGGUUGUUCAAUUUUAAGUUAAAAAACUAUGCCAUGGAUGGAAUGUGUUUUGCAAUUUGCAUGCCUGACCUAUGUGUUGACUUGUAAUUCUAAUAAUUAUAUAGUACUAUGGCUGCUUUAGUACUAAAUGACCAUGUGAUCAUUCGUGUCAUGUCAUCAUUUUGUGUUUAGACACAUUCACUUAAUUGCAAUGUUAACUUUUUAGAGCUGUCAGUAUUUAUGUCUGAAUGAAGGUUCAUAGGUGUUUCCCAUUGAGCUCCAUUUUGUAUGUUUUUGCUAAGAAUUGUUUGUUUAAAUAUCUAACAAACAGAAGCAUGUGGGACUUUAUUUGUUUGAUUGUACGUUGUCUAUGCGUGACAGGAAUCCAAUUGAGUUUGGUGGAUCAUGGUUUGUUAAGCCACUUGCUUUAUAAGUAAUUUGCCAUUAAUGAACACCAAUAAUAUUAUUAUUACUAGUUCACUGUGGAAAGCCAAAAUUGACCAUAUUGCUGCCCUUGAGCCAAAUAGCUUAUUCACAUCAAUUGAAUUAAUUUGUGGCCAUUAAAGUCAAAUAUCAAAAACAGCACGUAAAGGUCUGUACCCAUCAGUCUUGGAUGAGACCUAAGACCAGUUUCAUUUGGUUAUGAAAGAAAGGCCAUUAAAGUCAAAUAUCAAAAACAACCACGUAAAACCUUUAGUAACUUGUCAGGUGUACAUUUACUAUUUAAAUUGCUUGCAAUACCAAAUUUACAUAAAGAGUAAUUCUAUCAACUAAGUAUAUAUGCAUAUCAUGUUACUUGAUUAAUUAUAGAAGGUUAAUUCGAUAUUUUGCUCAAGUUUGCAAGGCGGAGGAGCAACUCACCCUUUUAUUAGUUGAGUAGAUUUUUAUUGCUAUGACUGCUUAAAUUUAUUUCCAUAUUUUGAAUGUUAGUUGUAAUCUUGAUCCAAUUGUAAAGUCAAUUGCUAACUAGUAUGGAUAGAAUAACAGCGGAAAUCACGUAAAUAUAUAACGAUAUUUGAACUUGAAUUGUAAUCUGAUCCAAUUUUAGAGCAAAUAUAGCAAACUUGUUAUUAACUCGAACUGGUGGGAGACAUAGUGAAUAUUCCCUUCGUUUCGUCCCAUCUUUAAUUUUUUAUGGUUGAUUUGGUAUAUAUCCCUUGUGAAGGAAUAAAUAAAGGAUAUUAUCUAUUUAUCUUUAUUAAACUUAAAUCUUUUAAUUAUAAAAAGAAAAUAGAUCCCAAAUAACAAAUUAUAUUUUGGUUUUGGAUAGGAUGAGCAAAUUUGGCAAUUAAUUUUUUUUAGUGUUAUUGAACAAGUAAAAGACACGUAGCAGAGAAUUUUAUUUUAUUUAUUUAGUCAAGUCAAAAUAAGAAUACAUUAUAUUCGGCACAGGAAACAGAAACGGAAAAUUCUACGCACACCAAUUAAAUUCACAUAAUAAAAAACCAUAAAUGCCAUUAGCUCCAUUUAUUUUUCUCCUAUAUAUCAGGUAGCAAGUAGUGUCAACCCACUACUCCCCAUACUUCUUUUCUCCUCCAUUAUUUUUCCUCCUCCUCCUCCUCCUCAAAAUGGCGAUACAAUUGGAGAAUUUGGUAGAAUCGAUAAAAUCAAAGGUGAGGAAAUUGAAGAAAUCGAAGAAACCGUACAUCAAAAUGGACAAAAGCUCCAGCGUUAGAGUGGAGAUUCGCAGCAGAAAGGCACGUAAACUCAUCGAUAAGACUCUCCAAGCUGCUGAUCGUCCUGGCAAGAGUAGUCUCUCUUAGUACUCUUUCUCUCCAUUUCGAAUAAUAAAAAUUUCUCUUUGUUUGGAGUUUAUCUGUAUAUAUUUAUAGAUAAGUGGCUGUUUCUGUGUUCCUCGACGGCGAUGAUUCUUCAUUUUCCGAUGGGAACCGUUUCGGUUUAUUUUCCUUUUGUUUUGAUUUCCAUAGCUAUUAAUGAGGGGACAAAAAAAAAGGAUUAAAUGUUGGGUUUAUUUUUCUUUGAAUUUGAAUGAUUUUCUCUAA